AAUAAUGAUAGGAAUACUCUACACCCAUUUUUAUUCCUAUAUAUACAAGUGUUCAUCUUCUUUCAACAACCACCUACUUCACUCACUGCGUAGCAGUGAAACCUUUCCCCCAUAUUUCCAAGGUCCGACCCGUUUAGGUUCGGAUCUUCUCUGCAAUCUCUCACUACUGUUCUGAUUUUGAUCUCGCAAAAUGUCGGAUCUUGAAGCCCCGUUGGUCCGCCCGAAAAGAAAGAAGGUUUGGGUCGACUAUUUCGUCCAAUUCAGAUGGAUUAUCGUCAUUUUCGUUGUACUUCCGAUCUCCUUCACUCUAUACUUCCUCACGUAUCUUGGCGAUGUUAGAUCAGAAUGGAAAUCAUACAAGAAACGCCAAAAAGAACACGAAGAAAACGUCAAAAAAGUUGUCAAACGUCUAGCAGAACGAAACCCAUCAAAAGACGGGCUUGUAUGUACAGCCCGAAAACCCUGGAUCGCUGUUGGAAUGAGAAAUGUUGACUACAAACGGGCCCGUCAUUUCGAAGUUGACCUGUCAGCUUUCCGCAAUAUUCUUGAAAUCGAUCAAGAACGAAUGAUUGCAAAAUGUGAGCCAUUAGUCAACAUGGGUCAAAUAACACGAGCCACAGUCCCAUUGAAUCUCGCACUAGCUGUUGUCGCUGAGCUUGAUGAUCUAACCGUUGGUGGACUGAUCAACGGUUAUGGUAUCGAGGGUAGUUCUCACUUAUACGGGCUGUUUUCGGAUACUGUUGUGGCUUAUGAAAUCGUUCUUUCUGGCGGGCGGGUCGUUCGCGCUACAAAAGAUAACGAAUACGCCGACCUUUUUUACGCAAUUCCAUGGUCUCAAGGAACUUUAGGGCUACUAGUAUCAGCCGAAAUCAAACUUAUACCGAUUAAAGAAUACAUGAAGCUAACUUACAAACCCGUUAGAGGUAGCGUAAAAGAACUCGGACAAGCAUACAUCGACUCAUUCGCUCCACGUUUCGGUGAAGAAAACAACGAAGACAUUCCUGAUUUCGUCGAAACGAUGAUCUACAAUCCUCAUGAAGGUGUUUGCAUGACGGGAAAAUACGCGUCUAAAGAAGAAGCGAAGAAAAAAGGGAACACGAUAAACAGUGUGGGGUGGUGGUUUAAACCAUGGUUUUAUCAACACGCUCAAACCGCGCUUACGAAAGGGGAAUUUGUUGAGUACAUUCCGACUCGCGAAUACUACCAUAGGCACACACGGUGUUUGUAUUGGGAAGGGAAGCUUAUCUUGCCGUUUGCGGAUCAAUGGUGGUUUCGAUAUUUACUCGGGUGGUUGAUGCCACCGAAGGUUUCGUUGCUAAAAGCGACACAAGGUGAAGCGAUUCGAAAUUACUAUCAUGAAAUGCAUGUUAUUCAAGAUAUGCUUGUUCCGCUAUACAAGGUUCCUGAUGCUUUGGAAUGGGUUGAUCGCGAGAUGGAGGUAUAUCCUCUAUGGCUUUGCCCGCACCGACUAUACAAGCUUCCCUACAAGACCAUGGUGUACCCCGAGCCGGGAUUUGAGGAACAAUGCAGGCAAGGUGACACACCGUAUGCUCAAAUGUACACAGACGUCGGUGUCUAUUAUGCACCAGGGCCCGUGUUAAGGGGUGAGGUUUUUGAUGGGGCCGAUGCGGUUCGUAGAAUGGAAAGUUGGUUAAUCGAGAACCAUGGGUACCAGCCACAAUACGCGGUAUCUGAAUUGAACGAGAAGAAUUUUUGGAGGAUGUUUGACGCAGGGCUUUAUGAGCAGUGUAGGAACAAGUAUGGAGCUGUGGGGACGUUUAUGAGCGUGUAUUAUAAGUGUAAGAAAGGUAGGAAGACCGAGAAGGAGGUUCAGGAAGCCGAGCAAGCUCAAGUUGAAGUCCCGUAUGCCGAAACCGAUUAGCCAAUGGCGGUUUCAGUGUUGGUUUUGGUUAAGUGGAGCUUAGAACUUCUUCUUGAUUUCUUUUACCCAUGUAUUUGUUCAUUUCCUUCACUCUUGUUUGAAGCUUAGAACUUGGUUGAGUUUGAUUACUCUAGAUUUGACAAGGAUCUUCACA